CUGUGCUGAGCGCUGAACUUGAGACCGUGUCUCAGUCACGUCUCAAGUCCCUCUCACUUUUCUUCAUAUUAUUCCCAUGCUCUAAUCAGUUUACUUUGACACAAAACCUUCGGAUUACGCUGAAGAUAAAAAGUAUCCCUAAUUUCCCUCCGAGUUGCGUGAGAGACUGCGCAAUAGAGGAACGCUGAACUGAAUUCAACAUGUCAAUUUUACCUUUCACUCCGCCGAUCGUCAAGAGGUUGCUGGGCUGGAAGAAGGGAGAGCAGAACGGACAGGAGGAGAAAUGGUGCGAAAAGGCCGUUAAGAGCCUGGUGAAGAAGCUGAAGAAGACGGGACAGCUGGACGAGCUAGAGAAAGCCAUCACAACUCAGGAUGUCAACACCAAGUGCAUCACAAUACCGCGAUCUCUAGAUGGUCGAUUGCAAGUAUCUCAUAGGAAAGGUCUCCCUCAUGUGAUUUACUGUCGUCUGUGGCGCUGGCCAGAUCUGCAGUCUCAUCAUGAGCUCAGAGCCAUUGAACUCUGUGAGUUUGCCUUUCACAUGAAGAAGGACGAGGUCUGUGUCAAUCCCUACCACUAUCAGCGGGUCGAGACACCAGUUCUUCCUCCAGUGCUGGUGCCUCGACACACUGAAAUCCCCAGUGAGUUUCCUCCUCUGGAUGACUAUAGUCACUCCAUCCCAGAAAACACCAUUUUCCCUGCCGGCAUCGAACCCCAGAGCAACUACAUACCAGAGACGCCACCUCCCGGCUACAUCAGUGAGGAUGGAGAAACCAGCGAUCAUCAGAUGAACCGGAGCAUGGACACAGGUUCUCCAAACCUGUCACCAAACCCUGUGUCUCCUGCCCACAACAAUUUAGAUCUCCAGCCAGUGACAUACUGUGAACCAGCAUUUUGGUGCUCUAUUUCCUACUACGAAUUGAACCAGCGAGUAGGAGAAACUUUCCAUGCCUCACAGCCCUCUUUAACAGUAGAUGGCUUCACAGACCCGUCCAACUCAGAGCGUUUUUGUCUCGGCCUGCUGUCCAAUGUGAACCGAAACGCUGCUGUGGAGCUCACACGCAGACACAUUGGCCGGGGUGUGCGCUUGUAUUACAUUGGUGGUGAAGUGUUUGCAGAGUGUCUAAGUGACAGCGCCAUUUUUGUUCAGAGUCCCAACUGCAAUCAGCGUUACGGCUGGCACCCUGCUACUGUUUGCAAGAUUCCACCUGGCUGUAAUCUGAAGAUCUUUAAUAAUCAGGAGUUUGCAGCCCUGUUGGCCCAGUCUGUGAAUCAGGGCUUUGAGGCUGUAUACCAGCUCACACGCAUGUGCACCAUUCGCAUGAGCUUUGUGAAGGGCUGGGGAGCCGAGUACAGGCGGCAGACAGUGACUAGCACCCCCUGCUGGAUAGAGCUGCACCUUAACGGGCCUCUGCAGUGGCUGGACAAAGUACUCACUCAGAUGGGCUCCCCCUCCAUCCGCUGCUCCAGUGUGUCAUAGGAAGAAAAAAAGACUGCAUAAACUCAACAUAUACAAACCACCAGAUCUGGAAAAAGUUCCUUCAGGACUCAAAGGCUGGAGAUUACAGACUCGGUAGCACUUUCACAUGUGUUUGUUUCAAUGUUGGAGACAUUGUAUUAUUACAGUAUAUGUACAGUACAUACUUGUUUUUUUAUGUUAUUGUUAGCCAUUUUUAUUGCCAUGAAAUAUUGCCAUUUAUGAUAUAUUUUGUUAUAUAGCAUGUCUAUGUGAGAUAUCUCUUCUCUGUCAUGUCUUUUCUGAUGCUGUUAUGUUAGAAUUACCAUAACAGAGGCUUAUUUUUUUAGAGGCGUGAUAAAAAGUGCUUUUUUUGUAAAGUGUAGAUAUGUCGUUUUUACAAAUUUCGGUUAAAUCAAAACAACACAAAUCUGGCCCAAUGUAUAAUGUUGUCUAAUACAUAUCAAGAGUUUGACAUUCUUUAGUUAGGGAUGGUUUACAUAAAAUGAACAUUUUAAAUCAAGUGAACAUUUACUCAAACUCAAGUGGUUCCAAAUUUUAAUGGAUUUCUUCUGUUGAACACAAAAGAUAUUCUAAGAAAUGAUGGGGGAAAAGUAGCCCUCAUUCAUUGUACAAAUAAAAAAAAAAACUAUAAAAAUCAACAGCUGUUGUAUCCCCUGCAUUUAUCUCUCUUUGUGUUUAACAGAUUUAAGAAACUCAAACAAGUUUGGAACAAAUGUAGAAUGAGUAAACGAUGACAGAAGUUUCAUUUUUGGGUGAACUGUUUUAAGAAAGAAAGAAGAAAAAGAAAGAAACUCUUUGACUCAUUUUUCUUUUUUUUUUUUUAGAAUUCUACUCAAACAUUGAAUCCCCAAAUUAAUAUCUGAUACAUAUCAAGAGUUUGACAUUCUUCUUGACGGGAUACUUUACAUAAAAAUGAAAAUUUUCAAAUAAUUUACUCACACUCAAGUGGUUCUAAACCUUUAUGAAUUUUGUCUUCUGUUGAAAACAAGAUAUUCUGAAGAAUGUUGGUGGAAAAUCAGCCCUUGACAUUGACUGUACAAACAAAAAAUACUAUAAAAGUGAAGAGCUGUUUCGUUCCUACAUUCUUCAGUAUAUCUUCUCGUGCGUUUAGCAGAAGCAAGAAACUCAAACAAGUUUGGAACAAUGAGUGGAUAAUGAGUAAGCGAUGACAGAAGUUUCAUUUUUUGUCCCUUUAAAAAAGAAAGAAAGAAAGAAA